ACACAUAAAAGAUCAUUUAGAUGGUUACCAUGAAGACAAAUUGAACAAUGGAGUUUUAAAAACAAACCGAGCUGUACGGUGUCCGAGUGGUUAGCACAGUCAGUAGAUCAAGGGUUUGUGUGUGUUUCGUCUUCUCCAAAAAUAUGCAUGCUAAUUGGAUAUUGUAAAUCAUCCCCAGGUGGCAUUUGUUGCCAGGGCUCACAUUACUGGGCUAACUACUGUUGCUGAGCCACAGUGUGUCAGACAGCUUGAUUCAGGUCUGUGGUUUUUGCUGGUUGCCUAGGAGGUUGAACGUUCAUCAUGGUGGAAGAAGCGUUGGUCACUGGGACAGGGUAAUGUCAUCUGAGAGCAUGGUGAAGGCCUGCAAUGAGGCCCAAGAUGGUGUAAAAGACAUGGAGGAAUCGUUAUCGCCUACUCAUGAUAUCAUACAAACAUCAGAAGAUGGACUGGUGAAGGUCCAGGAAAUGCAGACUGGGAAUGGCAAAAGGAGAUUUACCAAGAGUCGAGGCAGACGCUUGGGUGCUCGGCCGGUGGAUGGAGUCCAUAAGUCCAUCCCUAGAAACCAACUGUUGUGGUCCUGCAGAGACCAGGAGAGGGAAAAACAUGAAGAGGAGAUCCAAGGAGCUGGGCCUUUCUUCUUCAUUGGAGGAGUCAAUGGUGCUGAGAUAGUGAGCACCUACUGUGAAAAGAGAGGAUGGAAGAGGAUCUACAACAAGAACAGGGACGACUUCAAACUCAAGUGGUGUGAGACCAAAUCGGCGUUCAACUACCUCAACUUCAGAGAAGGUGAACAACUGGUGUACCAGAUCCCCAACAACAAGGUGCUCACCACCAAGAUCGGCCUGCUCAGCAGUCUUAGGGAGUACGAGCGAGUCAGCAGCAAAGUCAACCACGGCCAAGCUCACAGGAGGCUGAAACUUGAGGACUUUAUUCCUACAACCUUCCGUAUGGAUGUAAAAGAAGAGCGAGAGGCUUUUUUUGCCCAGCAGGAAGGUGUGAGCAACAAGUACGGUCAUAUGUGGAUCUGCAAGCCUACUGGCCUAAACCAGGGCAGAGGGAUCUUUCUGCUGAAGAGCUUGGAGGACAUUGCUGCCUUGAAAGCGAAGCUGCAGUACAUUGAAGACCAACACACAUUGAAGACGCUUCCAUGCCGACCUCACGCUCACGUUGUCCAGCAUUAUAUCCAGAGGCCGCUGCUCUUAAAAGGGAAGAAGUUUGAUGUGCGCUCCUACCUGAUGAUCGCCUGCACGUCAAAUUACAUGGUGUUCUUUCACCAUGGAUACGUGAGACUCACCUGUGACCUCUACGACCCCAGCUCCAAUAACCUCUCAACACACUUGACCAAUCAGUACAUGCAAAAGAAGAACCCCAGGUACAGCCAAGUGAAGGAGGACACCGUGUGGUCCAUGGAGAGCUUCAACGUGUACGUCAACGACCGGUUUCAGGCUGCCAAGGGUCUACCAAGGGACUGGGUGCUGGGUGCUUUUACCAGGCGCAUGCAGCAGAUCAUGAGACACUGCUUCUUUGCCGUCAAAUCCAAGCUGGACCGCAGACUAGGAUUGUUUGACCUGAUUGGCUGCGACUUCAUGGUGGAUGAGGAUUUCAAGGUGUGGCUACUGGAGAUGAACUGUAAUCCUGCUCUCCAUGUCAACUGUGAGGUGCUGAGGGCCGUCAUACCCCCCACUGUGGUAGAGACACUAGAUGUUACUCUGGAAAUCUUCCACAAGUGUCGUCUGAGGCAGCGUAUCCUUCCUUUAGCCAGUCUGAGGGACUUUGUGCUCUUGUACGAUGGACAUGAUGGUUCUCAUUCAGCAGUAGCUUACAGGAAAAGCCACGCAGGCGGUAGAAGCGAUCGCAAAGUCACUAAAAAGAGCCAACCGCAGAGCUCUGUGGGCGGAGCUUCAGAUGGCAACACGGUUUCAAACGAAAACAGUUCUCCAGUGGAGCGUAAACCGAAUACAUGCACUUUGCAGCAUCCAUCAAAGCAUGCAGAUGUAAUGAAGCAAACACUUACCCAACAAGCGGCACAUCCUGGUCAUGUCACCGACUUACCAGGAACGAGUACUCAAGACCGCCGAGAUUGUGAGGAUGAUACAGAGAAACAUUCCAAAGAGCAGAAAGAGAGAGAUACACAAACCAACGUUUGAUG